AUGGCGGCUCCGUGUUCAAUGCGAUGUUGCUUCAGCUGCGCAUCCGUAAAACCAGAUGUUGGAGAGCAUAACGAAUACCGAGACAAGGAGGUGCUUCUGCUCUGCAGAGGAGAAUCGCUAUGCUCCGAAGUGGUCGAGUUGCGAGCGCUCUUCGCGUUUGACGUCGCACCUACGAUGGAGGACCAGUUGGAUGCGGAGCACCGCUGA